GUUGGUGGUUGCUGUUUACACACCAUCCACCUCCUUCAUUACCUCCCUCCCCAACAUGACCUGAGACCAAUACGACACAGGUCAGGAUAACGUUACGCUGCCUAGUGCCAUCCCUCCUAGGGUAACAUAAGGGUCCUCAUCUGACGACACCACAGGUGUGUGGAGAUGGAUGACCGCACUGUUGACAAGAUCUUCUCCGGUAGUCUGGAGACACUGCCACCUGUCAGCUCCAAGGUGUGCAGAAUCUUCACCUCCUCCACGUUUACAGACAUGUUGAUGGAGAGGAACACGCUGAUGGCAGAGGUGUACCCCAGGCUGAAGGAGUUCUGUAGGGAGAAACACGGCUUAGAGUUCCAGGUGGUGGACAUGAGGUGGGGCGUGAGGGACGAGGCUACUGACGACCACAUGACCACUGAGCUCUGUAUGAGAGAGAUCAUCAACUGCCAGAAGCUCUCCAUGGGACCUAACUUUGUCUUCUUCGGGGGUCAGAAAUACGGUUACCGUCCCAUCCCUACCGUGAUCUUAGGCUCCGAACUGCUCAUUUUACGGGAAGCGCUGAUCAAUAUGGGCGUUGACACCAUCCUCAUUGACACCUGGUACAAGAAGGAUUCCAACGCCGUGCCCUUCGUCUACAUCCUACAGCCUAUAUCAUCCAUCCUGGUCAACUUUAACAAUAAGAGGGUGCCAAAACUACAGGCCCAGGACCAAGCCACGUGGUGGGACACUCUGGCCAAGAUGCAGAAGCUCCUGAGGAAGGCGGCGCAGGCGUGCUACAACACCCACAAGAUGGACAAGGAGGCGAUGCAUAACUACUUCAUGUCUGUGACUGAGCGUGAGGUUAUCAACGGUAUCCUGAGCGUGAAGAACACCAAGAACCACACCCUGGCGCUGGUCCGCUACAUCAACAACAUCAACCUCCAGAACCUCCGCCGCGCCGCCAACUUUAUCGACAUCGUUAACAGACAGAUAGACGGAGAGGCCAUGAAGCUCCUGUCUGACCUGAGGGAUGUGAGACUUCCCGCCAGGAUAGAGUCGACUAAUUACCACAGGUACACCGUGGAGUGGAUUGGUCGCGAAGGACUGGCGAAGGAGACCCACGGGGAGUACCUGCAGGAGUUCUGUACCCACUUCUACAAGGGCAUGACCAAACUUAUCGACCGGGCCAUGCGCAAGGAGGAUUCUUCAGCUCAGGGUCAGAUCAUCACCGAGAUUCUGCAGCAUCUUCACGCCUGCAAGAACUCUGUAACGGUGUUCUACGGGCGGGGGGAGGAGGUGAAGAAGGUGGAGGACUACAUCAAGGGGCCUUCGGUGAGUCCCCUGCUGCUACACGGUGCUGGAGGCUGCGGCAAGACCUCCCUCUUGGCUAAAUGCGCUUCCAACUGCAUCGAGUGGCUCUCUCACGCCAAGCCCAUCCUCGUCAUCCGCUUCGUUGGCACCUCCCCGGAGUCCACGGCCCUCACCCCACUCCUGACCUCGAUAUGUCACCAGAUCUCCUACAACUACAUGCUACCUUUCGAGGAUAUCCCAGACGACCUGGUGCCUCUCACUGCCCACCUGAAGGAACUGCUCAACUGUGCCACUACCCAGAUGCCGCUGUUGAUCUUCCUGGACAGUGUGGAUCAGGUGACGGGAGCCACUGACGCUAACCGCAUGUCCUGGAUCCCUACCCGUCUCCCUCCUAACGUGAAGAUCGUGGUGUCGUGCGUGUCAGAGGAGAACGACCCGGAGCUCUCCAAGGACUACACACUCCUGAGGCGGAUGAUCGACGACGUGGAUCAGUUCCUGGAGGUGACGGCGCUGGGGGAAGACCUGGCCAUGGAUAUUAUCAAGAGGUGGAUGAACACGGCCAAGCGGGACCUCAACAACUACCAGUGGCGUGUGGUGAGUAACGCCAUCUCCCGCUGCUCUCUGCCGAUCUUCGUUAAGUUGGUCUUCGCUGAGAUCUGCCGCUGGAAGAGCUACAGUAAGCCUCAGGACACCUACCUCGCCUGUAACGUCAUGGAUUCCAUUAUGAUGCUCUUUUCUAAGGUUGAGGUUAAGCACGGGCGGCUGUUGGUGUCUCAUGCCCUCGCCUACAUCACCGCCAGCAAGAAUGGUUUGUCCGAGUCAGAGCUGGAGGACCUCAUCUCUCUCGACGACAAGGUACUGGAUGACGUGUACCAAUACCAUAUGCCACCGGUACGUCGGAUCCCACCUCUCCUCUGGACCAGGAUAAGAAAUGACCUCCCCAACUACCUCUCAGAUUGUGAGGCCGAUGGUGUCUCCGUACUCAACUGGUACCACAGACAGUUCAACGAGGCGGCCAGAAAGAGGUACUUCACCAACCAGAACUUGGCCAUGUACUUCUACUCCAUGAUCGCGGACUACUUCCUGGGCAUGUGGGGGGGAGGGACACCCAAGCCCUUCAAGUACACCGAGAUACAGAGACACAGAUUCAACCUGAAAAGCAAGGAAGGUCUGGCUGACAGGAAGGUGCCAGCACAGCCUCUAGUAUAUUUCAACAAGGAAGGCAAACCUAGCAGAUACAACUUGAGGAAGUUCGGGGAGUUGCCGUUUCACUUGGUUCGAGCACGUCGGUUCGAGGACUUGUACAAAUACGUGCUGUUCAACUACCAGUGGUUACACGCCAAGCUCAGCUCUUGUCCCCUUCAGGCUGUGCUGUCCGACUUUGAAGACGCCUCGUCCCACAUCGAUGACAGGGAUCAGCACAGGGAACUGAUGCUGGUAGCAGACGCACUGAGGCUGGGAGGCGCUAUCCUCUCUCAGUACCCGGACAUGCUCUCGCCCCAGCUGAUCGGUCGCCUCCUGCCUGAGAUGGAAACCAACCCUCACGUGAAGAGCUUGUUGGAGCAGUGUGACGCGGAGGGCAUUGAACACUGCGGCCUCCUGCCCUCCUACCACUGCAGCCACACUCCUGGAGGACCCCUUAAGUAUUCCCUGGAGGGUCAUCAGUUCGCGGUGUUCGGGUUCUGCCUGACCCACGACCUGCGGUACAUCGUGAGCGUCUCCAACAAGUUUAUCACGUGGGACCUGUCGACCUCUGACCUGACCAGGGAGGUGGUGCCUGGUAUUGAGGGCAUCAUGCAGGAGCUGGUCCUCUCCCCUGACAACAAGUACUCCAUCGCUCACACCAACAACAGUCAGACGGUGCUCCUCAACAUGCUAACGAGUGAGUUCUUCCUACUAGAGAAUCCAAUGUCCGGAGAGAAAGUGAUCGGAACACUUCUCUCUGACUCGUGCGCCCUCAUACACGGCGAGAGGUCGUGGGUGCUGUACACUCUGCGAGGGGAGGAGAAGGAGCGAGUAUCAUCACCCAUAGACAAGCCGAUCCUCUUCAUGGAUUUCAAGAGCCCCAACGACUACAGCCUCGUAUGCUGGUCUGGAGACUUUGACGACAAGAACAUGCUCGUCCACACCGUCGUCGCCUCCACCAGUUUCCCCAUUCUCGAGUUCCACAGCGUGAUGACGUGGACCAAGUGUCGUCGGUGGCUGUACUGCUGCACAGAAGACCACGGCCAGGACGUGUGUGUGUACCGCCGUGAUGACGAGGCCUCUUGCUGGACGCUGGACAGGGUCGUCGCCCCCAACAACCACAAGCUCCUGAUGGUUCACCUCACAGGCGACCAGAAACACCUCAUUGGCACCUUCAUGACAGGGUUCCAGGUGUGGGAGGUGGAGAGUGGGGCGGCAUGGACGCUGAUGCUGCCUCAUGGGAUCAGGAACAUCUCCACUCAGCUGCUCAAGUCCAACUCCUGUGUCCUCUCUAAAGGCUACAAGUAUGCUGUGGCGGGCGUUAGAAAGAACCUAUACGUGUGGGAGCUACAGAGUCAGGAUCUGCUUAAGGUCCUCGAUGCUCACUUCGGCCGCAUCAUCGAUAUGGUCGCCCUCGUCGUCGGCUCCUGGAACUCCGUAAUCACGUCAUCGCUGGACAGAACCGUCAAGGUGUGGAACAUCAAUAACAUCUUCGAGCAGGUACACGUCAUCGACCGUCACGAGCUGCAGGUGGACGAUAUCAGUAUGGCGGCCAAUAGCCCGAUAGCUGUAACAGUGACCAGAAACUGUGUGGGUAUUUGGAACGUGAGGCUUGGUAAGCUGGUGAGCAAGCUGGCCGACUCACCUCUUGGGGCCAUCGUCACCCAAGCCGGCAUCACCAGUAACAGCAGAUACAUCGUGUCGACCGAGUCAGGGAACGUGUUGAUCUGGAACGUGAGAGCCGAGGCGGUGCUGUUCAAGGGGGAGCAGAAGAACGUACAACAGCUGCUCCUUCUGGAUGACGAUAGCAAGUGCGUCGCGGUGUCCAAGGUGUCGUUGGAGACAGGUGAGUUGUCCUGCUUCUUGGUUACUCGCUCUAUACCCACCGGCGAGAAGGUCUACGAGCUGGACUACCCGAUCCGUACCUUCCGUCAGAUAGCGGUGACAGCAGACGGCUUAUUCCUCGUCAUACCUUCAAUAGAUGGCCUGAAGGAUGUACUGCUGAUCUACCACGCCAAGACGGGAACUCUGGUACACAAGAUGCCUCUCAAGUACUCGGGAUUCAAAGACUUUCACUUGGUUGUGCCGCUGCCCAACAAACCCACACAGGUAGCGCUUAUCGAUCAGGACAAAGGCAACAUUGUCGACAUCCGCACCAAGAAGUUUGUCCGUUCUAUUCCAAAAUGGGGUGGCAAGGUGUCUAAGGAUGGUCGGUACGGGCUCUACGCUCCUGCCAGAGGUGGCCUGGAACUGCUGGAGUUGCGUCACGGCACCUCUGUCAAGACGCUCAUCCCCAGGGUGGCCGAGGGCGUCUUCUCCGUUAUUUGCCUCUUCACUCGCACCGACGAGUAUGUCCUCUACUACCACGGCGGCCGCAAGACAAUCAGAGUCUUCAGGGUGACGGACGGCAAGAUGAUUGCUAACUACCGGGUACAGGCGGAGCUGACGGCUAUCGCGGCGAGUGAGGACGGCCGUACUAUCGUGUUGGGCACCGUGGACGGCUGCCUCUCCUCCAUCACCAUUGCUGACCCCACCAGGCCAGGCAUAAGGGACUACCUCGCAGACCUUCCCUCCAGGAACCCUCAGGAGGAGGAUGUAAGUGUUGAGCUCCUGUCAUGGUGGAGGACAGGCCGGGAGGUGCGACGCCCUGCUGUCUGCCUCUCUCUCUCUCUCACUUGUUGUAAAAUAGGACACACACACACACACACACACACACACACACACACACACACACUGUUCCCUCCCUCACACACAACACUCCUUCCCUUCCUCUCUGAAGUAUUUACGACCCCUCUGCUAUCUCUCCCUCUCCCCUUCUAUAUAUCUAUGCAUCCACACUACCCCUCUCACACACUAUCCUCUACAUGCUGAUGCACCCACACUAACCACUCUUCUUUACACCCACGCAUCCUCACCAAACCUCACUCAUUCUCAUCUAUACGCAUCCACACCAACUCUACGGUAGUUCGGUCUCUUUACAAAACGCACGUACUCACUAACUCAGUCAUGCCCUCUACCUAACCCCCCA